GUGCACGUGUCUUGGCGCUACUGCACCCUGCCGAUCACCCCACUCCGGUAAAACGCACAACCCCUCUGGGCGGCUUGCCGGGCUCAGUUAUCCGAAGUCUCGCACGGCACCAAGUUCUCGAGAAUUUUGCUAAACCUCUUGAUUAUAUUUACAAUUGAUAAAACCGUACCGAUAAAAUAAUAAUUUGAGACCGGGCUGAAAGUUCGUCGUUCGAUAUUCUCUGGAAAACAAGAGUAACCGAAAAAAGAAAAAAAAAAAAAAAAAAAAAGAAAGAAAGAAAGAAAGAAAAAGACGGACACGCACGUAUGCGAAUAUUUAGAGAAAAACACACAGUAGACAUCAAUAAACAAAAUAUCGUGAAUUCUUCAACUUCGUCCCGUUUUGCCAGUUUGACGCGUCGCUUGUGGCUCGCUGAUUCCAGGUUCAGGAUUGAAUAGCGCGCUCCGAGUACCCCGCCAGUGACAUAUCGUGGUUUGGUAUUGGUGAAAAUUUCUAUCGGAACAGUUCAAUUCACUCAUGUAUUAAACAAGAAGAACCAUAAACAUUCUCUUCGAUUCGCCGCUUUGGCGCCGUCAUCGGAACAAUACUCUCAAAAGUGUUUUCUCAACCGUUGUGAAAGUGAUAACGAAUAAUUCAAUUCCACACUACCCUCUUCAGUUAUGGGAAUGAAAACGCUGAUUGUCUGAAUUUGCGAUUCCGUUAGAGCAUGCGCAUGAACGGAUAAGACACUCGCCGUUGGACUGAAAAAAUUUGGGAGUAAAGUCCUGGUAGAAUUAAAGGGAAGAAUCAACCGGUACGAUAGAGAGUCUGGCUUGGCACGGCAUGGGUGGUGCCCAAAACUAUGCGGCAGAGACCGAGGCGGGAAGUUCCUGCUGGCUACAGCAUCGCUGGGAGGCGGUUCACCCACAAAUCCAGGUUCAUCAACAGUACCAGACCCACUUCCAGCAGCCGGGACCGAUGCAGCAAACCGUCGCGAUUCCAGCCGCACCUCAGCACCACCAGCCGCAGCUCCAGCAGCCUCAGCACCACGUCGAACAGCAGCAGCAGCAGCAGUAUCACUUCCAUUCACGAUCUAGCGCGGUUCCUGCCCGAAAGUUUUGCUCCUACACUGUACCAGGUGACCCCAUGAUAACAUCCUCACUGAAGGACUGCAAGUCGCGAGGCGGCGGCGAGUCGAGAUCGGCUGCAGGCGAGAAAAAUCCGCAGCAUCUUCCAAGAGGAAAACAAGGGAAAGAUAUACCGGAGGAGAAAAAAGAUGACGGAGAAUUGUGGGGUAAUGUGGAGGCGCAGGCCGCCUUCCUAGGACCAAACCUUUGGGACAAAACGCUACCCUACGAUGCCGACCUGAAGGUAUUAAAUCAUUACGUGGACCUAGACGAGUUCCUCUCGGAGAACGGCAUUCCUGUUGACGGGGUUACCGGGGGUGGCCAGGGACCGAUGCCAGGUAGUCAACUUCACAAAAUGAAUGCUGAAGCAGGCGGACAUCAAGGACCGGCGGGUCUUCACCUCGAGGUGACAAAAAGCGAACGGUCACCCUCACCUAGCGAAUGCUGUUCGCCGGACACGCUGAACCCUCCAUCACCCGCAGACUCGACGGUGGACUCGUCGUCAACAAUACAAUUUGGAUUAUCUCUUGUAGCCCUGUCCAUGGCCUCAUCCGGGCGAGACUUUGAUCCUCGCACGCGUGCCUUUUCUGACGAGGAACUAAAGCCUCAGCCGAUGGUUAAGAAGUCUCGGAAACAGGAUGACAAAUACUGGGCGCGACGCAGGAAGAACAACAUGGCUGCCAAGAGGUCCCGGGAUGCGCGCCGCAUGAAGCAGAACCAGAUUGCCCUGAGAGCCGGCUUUCUUGAAAAGGAGAAUAUGGGCCUGCGGCAGGAGCUGGACAGAUUAAAGAACGAGAACAUACUCCUACGUGAUAAGCUGAGCAAGUACACGGACGUCUAACCAACGGCCUUUCAACCUCUACCUAACUUACAAAUAAUGUAGUCCGGAUUGCAUCGGGGCCCCUGCAGGAUCCUGGCGAUCGUCCGCAAAAUACGUCACACAUACAGAAGCCAAGAGUUGAAUGCUAGAUUACAUAGCGACAGGUGAAGUGCGAAAACGAGUCAAGGAGAGCACACUAAGAAAGACGGCGAAGAGGGCGAAGAAGAAAAAGGAGAGACGGUGGAGAAGAAGGAGAAAAAUAUACAAACACAUCACCCACAUGCCUAAACACAAGCAAGCAUGAUGGUAAUAAACCAGUAGCGUAAUUGAAAAAAUUAAUAAAUAUACGAAAAAUUU